AUGACAUAUGAUUUUUCAGCGGGUGCUGACGUUACGGCUCAGCUGAUUCCGACGCCACCUGAUGGAGGGUACGGAUGGAUGAUAGUGCUUGCCGCUUUCUUUUCUAACCUCAUCGUUGAUGGUGUCUGCACUUGUUUCACAGAGUUCAAAAGUUCCUACUCUCAGCACUUCCACGCAUCAGACGCAGCCACGGCUCUCAUUGGCUCACUUUUGAUCGGAGUGUAUUUGUUAGUUGGUCCAGUCGUCGGCGGUUUGGUGAACAAGUAUGGUGCUCGCAAGGUGGUUAUUAGCGGUGCAUUCAUUUCUGGCACUUCAUUCCUAAUCUCAGUUGCAUCGCCCAACAUCUACACAUUUAUGUUCAUCUAUGGCGUAUUAGGUGGUGUUGGGUUUGGAAUGAUCUAUUUACCUGCCAUUGUCGUUGUUGGUUACUACUUCGAAAGCAAGCGGGCAAUUGCCACUGGUAUUGCUGUUGCUGGUUCAGGAGUUGGCACAAUGGUAAUGCCAUUUCUUACAGAAUUCUGUAUCUCAAGGGUUGGUUGGAAGUAUACAGUUUGGAUAAUGGCAGUGAUGGUGUUGAUGUGUGCACUGUUUGCUAUACUUUAUCGACCUCUCGAGGCACCAUCUUUCACGCAAAAAGACCAAGAACUUAUUCCCCUCAGAACUGCAUUAAGAAAAAUGUCAGAGGGAGAAGAAGAAUACGUGGGUGAAAUAAGAGAACAAAGUGCGCACGGUGAUCCGGUGAUGGCUCGUCUUCGUAGUGCUUUAUCGGAAUGCGAAAAUGAAGACGACACCUCACCGUCAACGCCUGUUCGUCCACCUCUCUCACCCGUCUUCGAAAACGCGAUCUCCAAAAGUCGCGCUGGCAGUACUCAUCAAGCUCACACCGGCGCUACCACUCGUUCCCGCAAAUUAACUUUGACAAGUGAUAUGACGUCCACCAAUGAUCUUAAAGCGUCCCGUGCAACACUAACUGGACCACAACUAAACCGCAUUUCGGCCAGAAGUUUCGCUCAAUCGUUGAGUAGGCUUUCGAACAAGGGCGAUGCGUCAACCCUGAGCGUUGCAAUGAGUGGUGUUGAUCCACGCGAAUUUACACGCCCAUUGUACCGGCAGGACAUUUUCUACGGCGGAUCGAUCAGGAAUUUGAAAGAGUUCAAACAGGAGGGCAGCAAUAUGCAAUCAUUUCGUGGAUCAGUCCUGUCCAUACCGCGAUCAGUGAUCGGACAAGCAGCAUCGAAUCUGAGUCAAGGUGGUGCGUCCACACCUACACAAGAACACGAUGAGAUUCUUGAUGAUUUUUAUGAUAAUGGAUUCUGCCGGUGGAUACCCUUGGCGAUUCGUAGCGCUUUCUUCGAAAUGAUCGAUCUGGAACUGCUCAGAGAUUCUGUAAUGUUACUACUUUGUGUAUCGAAUCUGCUUGGAAUGAUGGGAUUCUAUAUUCCGUUUGUUUUUCUAAAAGAUCUAGCUCGCACACAUGGCAUAGAGUCUAACGCCAGUCGCUAUUUGGUACCAAUAAUCGGUGUCACUAACACAAUCGGGAGGGUAUUUUUCGGAUGGCUAGCGGAUAGAGGGUACGUGUCGGCGUUAACAAUAAAUAAUUUCUCCCUGAUAGCAUGUGGUUUGUUAACUCUGGCUGCACCACUUCUACCGUCAUUGUCUCUGCAGCUGACAUAUGCCGCUCUCUUCGGGUUUAUCAUUUCAGCUUACGUAUGUCUUACAUCUAUUGUGUUGUCGGACCUACUAGGACUUGAAAAACUCACCAACUCCUUCGGUAUCCUUGUUGUAGCCAGAGGUAUUGCUUCAUUAGCAGGAUCACCAUUUGCCGGUUUUGUAUACGACGUGACACAGUCGUACUCGGCCGCAUUCUUCUUCGCCGGCUUUGUGAUUGUAUUAUCAGGAAUGAUUUCUUGUACCAUUCCAUAUGUUCACAAGUGGAAAAGAAGUGAUGAUCUAAAAGAAAACGACAACGUGUCCGGUAAACUUUCUGUGCUCACCGAGCGUUCCGAAGAAAAUCUUACCGAGUAUCAGAGGACAAUUCAGAGUCUUAGACAACAGCAUUCUCUACUUCAAGGUUUUUAA